GGCUCAGCCCACACUAUUCAGGAUUUCAUCAAGCUUUGGAUUAAGGCAGCCAGGGGGUUUGAAGUGGUGAUAGAGUUUGGUAAUGAGGGCAGCAGAUCCCUGCUACCCUGCCCAUUUGCGUGCAGCUGGGUAAUGUCCUGACUGCCUGCAACCACCUUGUUGGGCCUGUCCUCUCCUGGCUGGAGAACUUUGUUUCCUGUUUCAUCUAAAAUUGCUUAACUUAUAUCUGCUGAAAUAUGGUAGUUUAUCUUCUGUGGUUAUGUGUUUCACGUCUUCCUGCAUGCUCUCAGACUUCCUGCCUCUUCUCCUGUGCUUUUUGUUUCUCAUGUUAGCUUUCUAAACCCAGCUCCCCCAGCAAGUAUUUCUACCUCGCAAGCUGCUUACAGCAGCUACUUGCCUUUUCUGAGACAAACCAAUCCCAGACAAAAUUGUCUCAGCCCUAGCAUUUAUGCAGCUGCUAAUUUGACCCUAAUCCAUUUUAAAAGGAGGGUGCUGGUGGGUGAGGAUGGAGUGAGAAGAGGGAGGUCUUUGCUUGCUGGUAUGUCUGCAACGCUGACAGACCCAUGGUGUGAUUUGCAGGCUUUCCCAUAGGAGAAGCAGUGGUUUAACUCUACCCUGAUCGCUUCAAAGCUGAUUAUUUCUGGCCUCUUGAACUUUUAUGAUCAUUUUAUUAGACUUCCUGGCUGUGUCUCAGUGGUGGGUGACUGAAUCUAGUCUUCUCUGCAUCACGGUGAUAGUAGUAAUGUGAAGUUUAAUGAGCACCUGCAAAUUCGUGUAGCAGGGAAGGAACUGCCAUGCCCGUGGGAAUCUUCCGGGUGUGCCUAGUGGUGAUUACAGCUAUCGUCAACCAGCCGCUCCUCUUCCCUAAAGAGAAUGGCACUGUCCCUGAGAACGUGGAAGAAAUCAUCCAGAAGAUGAAGGAGCGGGAGGUGAGCCUUCGGCUGGAGCAGUUGCGCUUGGAGCAGGAAAUUGCAGACCAGGAAGCCACACAGAAGGCUGUGGAAAAUGCUGCAGAGGUAGUAGAGGGAAGUAAAGAGGAAAAGGUCCGAUGGGAUAUGUGGACUGCCCUUUCCAUGGUCAUCUUCCUGCUGAUCGAGCUCUGGAGGCAGGAUUUCCAGGAAGGGAAUUGGCAGGACACAGGAGGAGAAGAGGAUGACAUGGCUGUCCUGGGGAGAGCAUUUAAAGGAGUGUCCUUCCCUGACAAGGCCGUCUUGGCCAGCUUCUAUGAGAAGCGCAUUCUGGGUACCACCGGAGAUGUGGCCAGGAUGCGGGAGAUGGUGGAAGGCUUUGCAGAUGACCUGCUGGAGGCCUUGAGGAGUGUUUGUAACCGGGAUGCUGACAUGGAAGUGGAGGACUGCAUGGGUGUGGGGAGCAUGUAUGAGAAUUGGAGAGUGCGUAAACCUUUUGUCUGUGAUCUGAUAGUGCCUUUUGCUCCCCCCGAGCCAUACUGUUUUCGGUGCCAGGCCUGGUGCUCUAGCGACUCUUCUCCCCCAGAUGAACAAGGUUAUGGCACUAUCAAGGUAUGCAGGGCAGAUGAGGAUGUGACAGGUUGCAUCUGUGACAAGACUAAACUAGGGGAAGAUAUGCUGUGCCUCCUCCAUAGCCAAACCAAUACUACAAGGCCUAGCAGUGAGAUGGAAGACCUCCUGUGUUUUAAAAACACUCAAUAUCUGGAUGCUGAUCAAGUCAUGAAGUGGUUCCAGAUCGCAGUCACCAAGGCCUGGAACAGAAUCUCUCACAAGUAUGAAUUUGACCUUUCUUUCAGCCUCCUGGACUCGCCAGGAGCCCUGAAGAUCAAAUUUAGAUCAGGGAAAUCGAUUGCCUUCAACCUUACCCCUGUGGUGCAGUACGAGAACUCUGACGUGUACUUCAUUUCUCACUUCCCUCGGGGUGGCCUGGCAGCCGAGCUCCCCUCCAGCACUCGCUGGUUCCUCACCUUUGCAGUGUAUGAGAGGAGGUUCAUCCAGCUCGUCUCCAAAGCGCUGCCUGCCAAUGCCUGCCAUGUCAGCUGCCUUCAGAUCCUCUCCUUUGUCCAUGGGAAGCAGUGCAGUCUCACAGGUCCAAGCGGGCUCAGCAACUACCACCUAAAGACAGUGAUGCUGCAUCUCCUGCAGGCAUGUCCCAGUCAGGACUGGGCCCCAGAAAAGCUGGAGGCCCGUCUACAGGACAUGCUGAAAUACCUGGAGAAAUGCUUGCACGAAAAGAAGCUCUACCACUUCUUCAUUGGCAAUGGGAAGGUACCAGCAGAGCUGGGCUUUCCCAUCAUAUUCCAGAGGGCUGAGCCUCUGAACCUUUUCCGUCCCUUUGUGCUACAUAGGGACGUUUACAGGAAGACAGUGGACACGUUCCAUGAGAUGCUCAGGAACAUGUCUGCACUGAUAAAUGAGUACACAGUGCACAUUCCCCUUGCACACACCAAUGGGAUCCGUAAAGAAUCCCUUUAACCAAAGCCAGCGGAAGAGCACUUGUUCCUCUAAGCACAAGUCCAAAGGGCAGCUUUCUGAAGCCUCCUGGACACAACUGACUUUGCCAGUACAGCUUCUUGUCCGCAGCUGAACCGGUCCUGGGCCAUGGUUUCUGCAGUAAGGGAGAGGGGAUGGGGAAAGGAUAGGGAAAACUGGAAGAUGUGGUAUAAAAGUAAGGUUCUGCUCCACUGGUGUGCUGGCUGGGUUUGAUGCAGCUAAGAAUAUAUUUUUCUAUUGUGCCUCAGUCACACUGCAGUGGUGGUGAGCAGCAAA